GGGAAAGAGUGAGAGAGAGAGAGAGCAUCUGUCAAAAACCGGGCGAAAAGCUGAGUGUACGUGUGUGGGUGAACGAGUCACCGUUCCAGAAGAGAGAGCUUUUGUAUGAAAGUAAUUCGUGUGGCGAAAAGUGACGGGACAGUCAAGAGACCGCGAGCGCUGGGGUUUGGCCGCGAAUUGCGAAGAAAGAUAGCUGCUCUUGGCUUAACGGGAUUGUAGAUCAAAAGAUUCCCCAUAGUUGGGCUGCAAAGAAGUGCAGAAGGAGAGUACUAGAUUGCACGAUUGUCUAAAUAUUUCAAUACAUUUAUCCGCCAACCGGCAGUGUGUAAGAUUUUACAAGAAGUCGUAGAAGAGCAUCCAUUGGGAGGAACGAUUAAGUUUAUUAGUGGCUAGUGGCGCUGUUAACUUGUGCACUUGUGCUUUACUGUGACGCAUUCCAUUCCUCUUCACGUACGGGCUAAAUAUUUUAGGCCGUGUGAAGGUUUCUAGAAACUAAGCAGAAGCGAUCAUAUCCCUCUAUUGUGAGAAAGCGUAACAAAACGAUAUCCUACAAAAUAACAAAAUGGGGAACGUAUUCGCUAACCUGUUCAAAGGAUUGUUCGGCAAAAAGGAGAUGAGAAUCCUGAUGGUCGGAUUGGAUGCUGCCGGUAAAACCACGAUCCUGUAUAAAUUAAAAUUAGGUGAAAUUGUUACAACGAUUCCUACAAUUGGUUUCAACGUGGAGACUGUAGAGUAUAAAAACAUUAGUUUUACGGUUUGGGACGUCGGCGGCCAGGAUAAGAUCCGGCCCCUAUGGAGGCAUUACUUCCAGAAUACACAAGGACUCAUCUUCGUCGUCGAUAGCAACGACAGAGAGCGUAUCGGGGAGGCACGAGAGGAACUGAUGCGAAUGCUUGCCGAGGAUGAGCUCAGAGAUGCCGUUCUACUGAUAUUUGCAAACAAACAGGAUCUACCAAACGCAAUGAACGCUGCAGAAAUCACCGAUAAGCUAGGUCUUCACUCGCUACGAAACCGCAACUGGUACAUUCAGGCCACCUGUGCGACCAGUGGCGAUGGUCUGUAUGAAGGGCUCGAUUGGCUGUCCAACCAGCUGAAAAAUGCAAACCGUUAAGUAAGUUCGUCGGCAAGCAAAAUAGCUAUUAACAGCAGCAACACUAAACUACAAACACAAGUUGAAAACAUCCAUAUGAUUGAAGAAAACAUCCGCUCUGCUGUUGUCGGCGUCGUCGUCGUCAUAGAGUUUUUUUGUCGGGUUGUUGCGGUAUAUAAGAGAAGAACUGGGAAGAGCUAGAUAAGAUCGUGAUGCUAACGGUUUGAAGAAAAGAAAAAAAACAUCCGCGUGUGGGAGUGACGAGGUUGCUUUUCGAUUUAUUUGUGCGCGGAGGCAUGGUAACAUGGAGUAUGGAGUGUUUAGUUGAGAGACGUAGACACGAUUCGGAAGACAUACAUUGAAAGCAAGCUUCCGCGACGCCUAAAUGAAGAGAAAAUCUUUGACACGUGAUUUAAUUAAAAGGAGUUGAACGCGUUGUUUCCCGGCUUAGACGAAAAAAAUGGAAGGAAUGCUGCCGCAAGAACACGGUACACCAAGACUACCACAUGCAAGGAAACAACUUAACACGAACAGAACACACAUACACGGACGAAACUAAGCUUAGUUAUGAUAGGUAAAGGAAAAAUAAGCAGAAAUUGAUUAUUUAAUCAGGCGAUGUAACAAUAAGGGAGCGCAUAUACACACUAACACACUGAGGAGUUUAAAGAGCGUAGCGAGUGAAUUAGUAUGAAAGUGGGCGUUUAAAAGUUGAAAUAUAAGCCUCCUCAAAAGUGCGUGUGAUGACUAAACUCUCUUACCGUGCACUACAUUGUUUUCAGUUGCAUUGCAAAAUGAAAUAUUAAUCUUUUUUGAGAACUCAAACCACAUUUCCGCUAAAUUAACGUACGCUAUUGGUACUUUUGCUUCUUAACGUAAAAUUUCGACCACGUGGCUUGCGAACCAUUGCAAGGAGGGAACAGUCUUCUACAGCUAACGCUAUUGCGAUUUUACCUUCGAUGGGCACACAGCGCUUUAAGGUGGGGAUAACAUAAGUUAACCCUCUACGGGGUGACGUGCAAUUUGGCCAGGCCGGUUGCUGUUUCUUACACGCCCUGUUCAGAUAUUAAGCUGAAAAAUUAACUAUUGGACAACAAAAUUGUUCUGCAAUAGGAAAACUUAAUUGCGCUCUUGUGAAGCAACAUAUUUCAUCAAACGAGCGCAUUCGUAGUAUAUCGUAAGAAAAACUUACAGACUUACACUUACACAUUCACACACCCGGACGGGAUAGCUUGUGGCAUUCGAACCCGAUAGCAAAGGACGUCCUGCGACAUGGCCCGCGACAGUUUGCAGAAGGUGGAAAAAUAUAUAUGUAUAAUUACCGAUAAUGAAACAAUGUUUAGGUAAAAAACUAUAGAGCAGACACACUCGCAAGAAAUAAUAAAGAGAAGCCAAUACGCAGUAAAUCUUGCGAAACGCGAACGUGUGUGGUUGUGGAGACGUUGGAAAUGGAACGUUGCAACCAACCAACCAAACCAACCUAGGAUAAUAAAACCAUUCCCUAUUGAAGCACAUGGAGACGACCCUCCAGUAACUAUCCUUGGGAUCUGUGCAAAGAGAAGUGGUGAUCUAAUUUGGGAAACCUUACACGAAUUCAAACCACACAUUGCAGCCAAAGCGUAAACAGAUUGAACGAAAUCUUUUUCGCCUGCAAGAGGACAAACACGUCCUUGUUUUCUAUGAAACACGUUCACUCAUAUUCAGGUUUUGGUUUAUGAAAUUGGCUACUGGCUAGCGUGGGGCUGCUAUGCUAUGACUACGUUAGGGGAUUUAUUUUUCAAUUCAUUUUGUGUUGCGGCAGGUCAGUGCUUUUUUGUCUAUUUUUGCUGCCAGCACUUCUAUGAUCCAAAAAGUAAGAAACGGAGGAAGAGAACGCUAGGAACGUUGUAGAAACAACCAUGUUACGAUUAUCAUCGUUCCCUAAUACUUAUGAUUACUCUCAUCAGCUAUUCGUACGUGAACGCAGAAAGGAUAAUUCAGUCGUGCAGCAAAAAAAAAAAUGCUAGCGCUCUGCAAGAAGCAGUAUGCUCACACAUUUUUUUUAUUUCUAGCAAGGGCAAGGAACAUGCAUAGAGAAAUCAACACAGUUAUUAAAAGAAAUUUGAACAUUCACAUCGGGGAGAUCGAGGUCACCACUGUUGAAGUGGGGAAGGAAGAAAAAACCUGAGUUAAAAGGAAGGAAAUAAAUAAACAAGAAAAUGAAACGGCAGAGCUUAUUGAUGAAAGUGGUAAACAAAUAAAUGCCAUGUGGUGGGAUCAUUGGAAUCUCUUGAGGGUGACCCAACAAGCAUGCGAUCGUCCAACGAAAGAAACAGUACAACAUGCAAAUAUAAACAUACAUUAGCAGCUAUUUAAAUGAAGGUCUUGA